GUAUCAAUGAUCUGUUUUUAUUUUUGAUUUGUUUUCGUGUUGUUUAUUUUUCAUUGAACAUUUUUCUUUGUCAUAAAUAACUUUUGAAAUAUAUAACAUCCAGAUUUCGUUGAUGGCUUUAAAUAUCUGCUAUAUAAUUUUUUAUCGAGAUGUCGCAACUCACAACUUUUAAAAUAAUAGCGGGUACAUACACAUUACAGAGUAUAUUUUGACACAUACGUAAACAUAAAAUGUCUCAAGACUCCGGAUGCAUCAGUACAUUCUUCGAUAGUGAUCAAAACACCUCAAGCAGCCUAGAUAGAUUAUCGCUAUCAUCGUUCGCAUCAUUAGAAACUUCUCAAGACGUCAGUCAGACUUCUACGGACUCAAUAUCAGAUUUGAAUUUAUCACAGCUGACAAUAGAUGAGCCAGAACCUCUAAAUAUUCAACCGUUUUAUAACCUAACGCCACGUCCAUUGCCCCAGUCACCGCACUACGUCAUCGAAGAAGAUUUUUCAUCAAACCCCUGGGCUUUAUUAGUAGCAACGAUUUUUUUGACAAAAACGUCGGGUAAAACUGCUAGGCCGUAUAUGAGAAAAUUCUACGAAGAAUAUCCAACACCAUACCAUGUAUUAAACGAUCCACCAGCAACAUUCGAGAAAUAUUUCGAAAAUCUCGGUCUGAAAAAAAGAGGUCGCAUGAUUUGGAAAUUGAGUUAUCAGUUUGUUUCUGCUAAAUGGCGACGAGCGAGCGAUCUUUGUGGGAUCGGAAAGUACGGCGAAGAUGCUUAUAGGAUAUUUUGCUUAGGUCAUACGGAUGUAGAUCCUAGCGACAGAUAUUUAAGGUUGUAUAUCGACUGGCUGCGAAAACAUACCGAGUUUAUGGAAGACAAUAGCGUGACGGAUAGCGAACACGUAAUCGAAGAUCCGGUUUUAAACUAUUAUAGAAUUACUCUGCGAAAUUGUGUUUAGUGUAGUGUAAACAACAUGGUCCUGGACUGAUUUUACUUAGCAUUAUCUUAAGUAUUGUGCUUACAUACAAAUUAUAACAUCAUGUAAAUAAUGAAACAGAAAACAUCAUGAUAUACAAAUUGUAAGAACCAGAUUUUUUGUUUUAAUAAAAAAAAAAAUCUAUCUGGUGCUUAAAAUUAAAAUCCAUGUAUAGUGAAUUAUAAAAUAAUUCAAUUUAAAUUUAUUUCAAGUUUUAUAUCUGUAAAUUAACAGUCGACAUACAUUUUUUUUUUAAUUUUUGCAAAAAUGUUGCUCUAUAAAAUGCCAUUAAUUAAAGUCGCUGGCAGUUAAUAAAAAGUGGUGAGUAAACCCUAGCGUGAUUGUAAUGAGGGUUCAAGUAAAAGAUGUCACGAAUAUAAUUAAUUAAUGUAUUAUUUAUACUAAGUUUUACAUUUUAUUAUUAUGUUUGCAUAAAACUUAAAAUAAAGGCCAUUAUAAUUCUAAAGAUAUUUUUUAAACCAUUUAAACAUGUAUAUAUGUUAAGGAAAGUUCGGCGAAUAUUGAAAAGAAGGAAAAGGGUGCUGAAAACGUCAUAGUUUUUAACAAAUUAGUUAAGAAUGAACAAGAUAGCUAUUGAUAAUAAUUAUUGUCACAUCUUAUCUACUGUAUGAUAGUUAUAGACUUAUACAUAUCUAAUAUUAUCUCUUGUACCUAAUUGUUUCGAAAAAAACUAAGAAUGGAGCCUCAUCCUUUAAUCGAAUUUGAUAAGAAAAAUUAAGAUAGGACGUGGCUGUAUGGUGCAACAUCUUUGCUUAGAUAAAACAAAUUGUUUUCUAUCACUUGAAUUCUAAUUUGUUAAAUAAAUUAUAUUAAAUUUAUAUAAGUAGGUUGCUGGUUUAUAAACGAAAUCACGUCAUUCACGUCAUGCCAAAUAGGAAUUAUUAAAUAUAUAUCUGGAUUAUUAAAGUUUAUAUGAUAAUACCCAUAUUUUUUAUUUUUAUUAAUUUUUAAAUUCAGGUAUAUCAGA